AUGCUCGCUUUUAAAAUUUCGAAUCUACACCUUUUCCUCCCACUCCUGCUAGGAACCAGCCUAGCAGAAAUCCUCACUCCCUUCGGCGACACGGCCAGCGACGGCGCCAUCAAAUUCCAGCCCGUCCUCGACUUUGACAAGGACAGCUGCUACCAAACAGCAGCCAUCGGCACAGACUACAGAGUCAACGCCGGCAUCGGCCCAAACCUCGCUCCACCGCGUCCGCCAGGUACGGGACCAGGGAUUCCGCAAGCUGCCGGCGCCGACGACGAGCAAGUCGUCUUCGCUGCGAAUGCGACCAAAGCCGACAGCGAGUUUGGAGUAAGCUCCACGCACGGUCCCUACAUCCCCUUUGGCUGCCGCGAUAAGGACCGCCUCGAGCACAGCCAGACGUACGUCCGCGAGCGGUGCAACCACGGGUGGUGCGCGUACUUGUACGGAUACUAUUUCGAGGUCGACCAGGGCCCCGGAAACGCGCAUAGGCACGACUGGGAGCAUGUGAUUGUCUGGACGCUCAACGACCAGGUUUUUUUCGUCAGUUGGUCCGCGCACGGCGACUAUACGACGCACCACUCGUCCACGGUCCGGUUCGAGGGCACGCACGCCAAGAUUGUGUAUCACCUGGGAUCGAGCGGUACGCACUCGUUGCGGAAAGCCGAGGCCAAGGAUGACGAGAUUGAGAAUGAUAUGGGGAGGUGGUGGCGGGCGCCGCUUGUUUCGCUGGAGAAGAUGCCCUGCGAUUUUAAUCGGAAGUUGUUGAAUAAUGAGUGGGGCAGUGCGCAUAGUGAUUUGAACCAGUUGGGGGAUAAGUUGGAUAAGUGGAUGCCCUGGGAUGCGAGGAAUAAUGAAAAGUUUGACCCGCGGGAGCCAAAGGUUCCGUCUUGGGCCAAUAGGGGGUGA